UGUAUAAUAGGAACAAUAAAUAAAAUACUGCUAAAUUUCUACGGGGAAGGUAAAAUUAUUGUCAGUUACUGGCUGAAAGUUCCCAGAUUAGCUCUUUUGCUGGCAUUCAUUUCUAAUGUUAUUAGUAAUGGCUACCUGUCAUGCUUAACAGUUAUGUAUAGUGCCCUACCAAAUUCACGGUACGUUUUUAUAAAUUUCACGGUCAUAACAUUUUAAAAAUCAUAAAUUUCAUAAUUUCAGUUAUUUAAAUCUUAUAUUUCACGGUGGUGUAACAAAGUAUGAACAUGUAGUUAAAAACGGCAAAAUAUAAACAUUUAAAGCUGUGAAGUUAACAAAUGCAUGUGACUAACAAAGCAGAAACGCUAAAAGAAAAUAAAACUGAAAUCCAGAGGAUCGCUCUGAUUGUUGCGUUUCUGUUAUUGUUAUUAUUUUUCUUUAAAACUGUUCUGGUUUUAAACAUCAUUGUAUGCAACAGUAACUCAUACUAUUCUGAAAUGCUGUUUUUCUUCAUUCCCUGUCUCUGCGGUGUAAAUACCUGUCCGUAUUUAGACACAGCACUCUCUGCAUCCACAGAGUUUGUUGGAAUUGACAGACAGCGGGGGGCGGGGCGGGUCUGUAACUGGACAAUAUAUCCAAAGACAAAAAAUUAUAAACGUGAAGUCUUUGAAAUGACUUAUUUAUUUAUUUUAUUUAUUUUUUGUCCUGCAAUGUUUUUUUAAUGUAUUUUUCUGCUCAUACUACUACUUGGUAUAUAUUUGGCUUCCAAAUUAUUUUACAUGAUCCGCUGCAGUAAUGAUUGUAGCACUCUUUGAUUUAUUUUGGACACCCAUUUAAAAAUGUAGGUCGUCUGACGGUACUACCAGUUGAGAUCCAUAGGUCUUACUAAACCUGCCCCAGAUGCCUGUGUCUACCAAUCAGGAUGUUGUAUGAUGCGCUACACCACAGCAGGGCAGCUCUGGAACAUCAUUGCUCCAAGAGAGUUCAUUGACUUCUCCAGCACCACAGAGUAUCAGGAUGGACUCCUGUCUUGUGGUGUGAGCAUCGAAUAUGGCGAGGCAGGGCAGAGCUGUGUCCGCGGGUUCAAUCACCCAUGUGGCUGGUUCUGUGUUCCACAGAAAGACAAUCCAGACCACAGCCUCCUGACGGGCUACAUACAGACUGAUCUCCGGGGGAUGCUGCCACAGUCUGCAGUGGACUCUGCCAUGGCCAGCACUCUGACUCAUUUCUAUACAGACUUAAGGAAGGCUUUGAAAAUAUAGUUUGUAAUGUUCUACACUCUUUAAAGGAGCAUAACCCAUGGCAAUGCAAAACAGCUCAGGGGAGGUCAUACAAACCUAGUAGAUGUUUUUCAGUGUUUGAUAUACUGGUUUAUGGAUAUCAUGUCAUGUGUGCAUGUAUCCUGUUUGAUAGAAGCCUUUGGUUUAGACAGGUUUCUAGUAAGAUUUUAAUUGAUGAUUGUAAUUGAAAAUUGAAAUGUGAUCCAUAUAUUCUUUCUGUGAAGAUAAGUCAGCAUGAAGACAUAAUAUACAUCUAUCGAUCUAUCUAUCUAUAUGUAAGUUCCCUCAGACAACGCCUCCUGGGUCGAGGCCAAAGUCUGGAGAAAGAUUUCCACGUCUGCCAUUUACAAAGUUCAGCACUUCUUGAUUAGUCAUCAGAAUGUAUGACGUUGUUCUAAUACUGCAGAUAGAGGAUAAGUGAUGGUUCAAAGUAUACAUUUUUUCUAGAUGUUGCAUAGAGAACAGGAACCAGUCAUACUAAUCUCAUACAUAGUCACUGUGGGUAGGGACCAUGGUUUUUACUGUUGUAGAUUCUUAGACAUUCUCAUAUAAGGACAUUAUAUAUAUAUAUAUAUAACAAUUAAAAUAGGAAAUAUUCUCCUGAAGUUUAAAAUACUUACCAAGAACAGUGAGUCCAAAAACAUUUUAAAUCCCCGAGUACCAUUCACAGGUAAUAAAGGGAUGUGAGGUAAGGAGACUACAACAAAGACUGCAAAAGAUUUAAUGGUGCUGGCUCAGGAAAUAAAAGUAGUAAUUUGCUUUGGUGUAUUUAGAAACAGGUUUGACAGAUUACUGAAUCUAAUAUUUAUGGUAUGCAGGCUUGUGAGUUCAGUAGUGUUUUGUUUUGUUUUCUACACCAACAUAGUUCAGGUGUUAAAGUGCAAGUAUGAUUGUAGCACAGAUCGCAACCAAAGUGACUUCCAAUAUUAUGCACUGAUUUAACACUCCUAUUUUUCAGGUAAUGAUGAAGUGUAUGUUAUGUUGUACAUAAAAGUUUGUCCUAAUAGAAUAACUAAAGUAAAACAUGCAAGUACCUAUGAUAACCCUCGCUCACUCCAUUUCUGCUGUUUUGAUGCUGGAAAUACAGGUUUUAUAUUAUUUUUGGGACAAAAGGCACAUUCUUUGUUAAAAAAAAGCAGCAGAGGGGUCAGGGAAGGGUUAUUUUACUCAAGGGAGAGUAGUGAUGAGUGGUGUUAAGUCUACAGAAGCUGUGAUCACAGAUCAGAACACAAGGGACCAGUGCAUUUACAGUAUAUUCCAGCAUAUCAAAGGGCAUUAAAUGGUAAUUACUCCAAAAUGCAGAAAGGUUGAAUGUAAAGUUCAGUUUCUGCUUCCAGAGCAUGAAUGCAAUAGUCAUACAGCGCUAAAAUAAUUCAAAUAUGUUAUUGUGGAAAAUAAUGAUACUAAUAUACUGAAGGAUAACAGAUGAAACCCUUUGUUCCAGUUUGUCGUUUGCACCACUUUUUCUUCUUUCUAAAACCAGCAAUAAAGACAGCAUUUUCAAUUUAGGGCAUUUGUUGUACGCACACAUAAUGACUCAUAAGUUUGGUGCUAACUUUGUACUGGAGAAAGGCAGUUAAUCUGGUCCAUACAUGUAAUGCUGAUGAGCAUUUCUUGUAUUUAAUAUAUGUAUGUACUGUAAAGAACCAUUUCUGUAUAUUUACCUAAGCCUUGGACUUUUUAACCAGGAAAAUGUCAUUUUCAGUGUGAAAUUGUAUUGAAUUUGAAGUUUGAGUGUAUGUAUGUAUACCCUGAAACUUUUUUUUCUCUUAAGUAGGUUGGUGUCUCCAUGUAUUCCAUCAGUCGUUUUCAAGUUUAAAUGCAUGAAAAAAACUGAAGUCUCUAUUUUGAAGCAAGUGCAAAGGCAAAUUACUGUAACUUUAAUAGGAUAUGCAACACUAACAAAAGAUUAUCCUUGCUGUACUGCUGUCUUUUUACAUUUUUAUAAUUGCUAGGCUUUUUUUCCCCCAAUAUUAUUUCAAUAAUUGCCCAAAUGUUUUGCAAUAUUUCAUUUUUGCUACCCGUUUGUUUAGCCCACCCAGUUUACACAUGCUGACCACUUAAUAAAGUGAUAUGCCACUAAACACAAACAAAACAAACCAGUUUUUAUAUUGCAAACUUGAACCGUUAAAGCACGACAUCUCAGGGUUAAAAUUUUAUUUUUUUAAAAGCACGCUUAAUAUUACUUCUCUGCUAUGGCUGCUAAAAUGGUGUUCUUGAGCGCACAUUUUUUACAGCAUUGUGGUAAAAAUAAUUUAUUAUUAUUAUUAUUAUUAUUAUUAUUAUUAUUAUUAUUAUUAUUAUUAUUAUUUUAUUAUUUUAUUAUUAUUAUACAAGCUUUUUUUUUUUUAACAUAACACUGGUCUGACCUGGUCAUGCACAAUUGUUUAUAGGCCAAAAAAGAUGUACUGAUAGCUUCAAUAGGACAUUUUACGUAUAAUACCCAUGUUGAUUCAAUGAAAAAGAAAUGUACAUUUUCUGGAAAAAAACUGACUGUGGCAGGGAUGGGGUUAAAUCCUAUCCCAGCCAACGAUCACAGGUGUGGCCAUUCCCCAAUUAGGUAAUUGAUGCUAAUUGGGGGGGGGGGGGGGGGGGGCACCUGUAUGAAAGGGAGCAGAAAUCCUUUGUUUGGAGAGGAAGUGAGUUUUUUUUUUUUUUAAUCUUUGUGUAGAUGUUAAUGAACCGUAAAGUGAAUGCGAAUGCCCUGCCUAUGUUGUAUUGUUUUUGUAAACCUUUUGUUUUGGCCCUCGUUCCGUGUUUAUUUUGUUGCCGUUUUUAUGUUUAAUAAAUGUGUGCUUUGCACUUUAGA